GUCACCAAUGCCGAGCUUCCAGAAUCGAAGCGCCGAGACAUACCAAAACCGCAGCCAUGGCCGUGGACACGAGCAGUAAGCUUUCUCGCAGCGUCCUGAUGCUUCUUCUGCUGCUCUCUGUGCUUCUUGUAGCAGCAUCAGCAACAACGGAACAUGAAGCAGAGGAGAAGGGAAGGGAAGGGGGGGAGCCGUCGGAGUCGUGGACUGCCUGGGCUAAGGAUAAGAUAUCCGGUGGUUUUGGUCUCAAGAAGAACCAGGAAGACGAGGAGGAGGAGGACGCAACGAGGAAGGUCGAAGAGGCUGCGACGACAGGUCGGGAACGAGGCCAAGAGAUGAUUCAUGACAAGGCAGGGAAGGCCAAGGAAGCAGCUGAGACGAGCACAGAAAAGCUGCAGGAGAUCGCCUCAGAGAUCGGAAGCGAGGCGCCGGAGAAGAUGGGCAAAGCAAAAGAGGCUGCCGCGGAGAAGGCAGCGAAGGCAAAGGAAGCGGCGGGGAAGACAGCAAAAGAGGCAGCGGCCGAGGCCAAAGAGAAGGGGGCCAAGGCGAAAGAGGAGGCGGUGAAGACAGCGGAAGAGGCGGCGGCCAAGGCGAGGGAGUCUGCCACGGGCGCGACGGAGAAGGCAAAAGAGAAGGCGAAGGAAACGGUGGACGCGGCAAAGGAGAAGGUCGAGGCGGCCAAGGAGUACGUCAUGGGCGGCGGGGCUGAGAGACACGAAGAAGAGCUGUAAGAGCUUCGAGUCACAAUCCAUCCUGCUCGCCCACUUUGUGAUCUCUGCAAUAAAAUACUAAUUUCGUGUUUA